UAGACCACAAUCGGGUAAUAUAUUUAUACACAAAAAUGAUAGCAAACAACUAAAUGGCAACCGAUUGGCAAAUACGGGCAAAUACGGGUGUGGGAUAUAUGCCACAAGAAAUAGCACUAUUCAAUGAUUUUACUAUAAGACAAUUGUUUCAGUAUUAUGGACUCAUAUAUCAAAUGAAUAGUCAAACUAUCAACGAUUGUAUGAAUGAAUUGAAAUCAAUGUUACAAUUAGCACCAUUGGAUCAAAGUGUGGGUACAUUGAGUGGUGGACAACAAAGAUUAGUAUCGUUGGCCAUAACACUAAUACAUUCACCAAAACUAUUACUAUUGGAUGAGCCGACAGUCGGUGUCGAUUCAAUACUAAGAUAUCGUAUUUGGCAUUAUUUGGAUCAACUAUGUCAUAAAAAUAACACAACAGUUAUCAUAACAACUCAUUACACUGAAGAGGCCAGACGUGCAGAUUCAGUGGCUUUUAUAUAUAAUGGCAAUUGUUUGGCCAAUCAAUCGCCUAAUAAACUAAUUGAUACCUACAGGUGCUCAACACUGGAUGAUGUCUACUAUAAGUUAUGUAAUGAACGCCGAUUUGGUUAUUUAGAUCGCUAUUUGAUUGCCGGCUUAAAACCAAUGGAAAUAUUUGCGAUACAAAUGCUAAUCAAUUUCAUACAUAUUUGCCUACAAUCGCUUGAAUUGGUUGUAUUUGUUAUUAAUUUAUUAAAUUAUCCACUUUAUGGUACAUAUUUGGAUAUCUAUCUGAUAGUAGUAUUAAGCGGUAUUCAUGGUAUGACAUUGGGAACGACUAUUAUGCUGUGUUUUAAUGAUAGUUUAGUUAUAAUAAUACUAUUAAUCAGUAUAAUAUUUCCGCAAAUAUUUAUAUCGUCGCUAAUCUGGCCAAUUGAAUCGUUUCCCGAUUUUAUGCGUUUUAUACAAUAUAUUGCACCCAUGAAUCUGAGUACAACUGUUACCCAUAUGACUAUAAAUAGCAUAUAUGGUCCAAAUGCUAUCCUCAGUUCAUCCAUUUCCAUAUAA